GUUCCGCCCGACUCUAACAUGGCGGCGCCCUUUGUCUGCUCUGAAGUGCCGUCCCUGGCCUUCUCGCGGCAAUGAUGCACUUCCCUUUGCGGUGGGGUUCGGGACAUGGCAGGUAAUGAGCUGCAGGAGGGGAGCGAAGCUGAAGUUUACGCAGACAAACUGUCAGAAAAGAGUAGCCCGGGCUAUUUGGAAAUCUGAGAGACUUCUGGCUCUAUGCAGCCAUGGACUUCCCCCAUCAUAGCCAACAUGUCCUGGAGCAGCUGAACCAGCAGCGGCAACUGGGGCUUUUGUGUGACUGUACCUUUGUGGUGGAUGGUGUCGACUUUAAGGCCCACAAGGCAGUGCUGGCAGCCUGCAGCGAGUACUUCAAGAUGCUCUUUGUGGACCAGAAGGACGUGGUACACCUGGACAUCAGUAAUGCGGCAGGCCUGGGGCAGGUGCUGGAGUUUAUGUAUACAGCCAAGCUGAGCCUGAGCCCUGAGAACGUGGAUGAUGUGUUAGCUGUGGCCAGCUUCCUCCAGAUGCAGGAUAUCAUGACAGCCUGCCAUGCACUCAAGUCCCUUGCUGAGCCGGCCAAUGGCUCUGGGGAAAACACAGAGGCCAUAGAAGGAGGGGACAAAAGAGCCAAAGAGAAGGCUGCUGCCACCACACUGAGCAGGUUGGACCAAGCGAGAAGUCCACCCUCAGGCCCAGGCAGGGAGCUCAAAGAGGAGCGGGGUGGCCAGGCCGAGAGUGCAGCCAGUGGUGCAGAACAGACGGAGAAGGCUGAUGCCCCCCGGGAGCCCCUGCCUGCGGAGCUCAAGCCAGACCCCACCAGCAGCAUGGCUGCUGCAGAAGCUGAGGCUGCCUUAUCAGAGAGUUCAGAGCAAGAAAUGGAGGUGGAACCAGCCAGCAAAGGGGAAGAACAGCGAGAGGAGGAGGGCACUGGGCCUGCUGCAGUUAAGGAAGAGGGGCCGCAGCUGGAGAACGGAGAGGGCCCGGAGGAGAAUGAGGAGUCCGCAGGCACGGACUCUGGGCAAGAGCUCAGCACUGAGGCCCGGAGCCUACGCUCAGGCACCUAUGGGGACCGCACAGAGUCCAAGGCCUACGGCUCCAUCAUCCACAAGUGUGAGGACUGUGGGAAGGAGUUCACGCACACGGGGAACUUCAAGCGGCACAUCCGAAUCCACACGGGUGAGAAGCCCUUCUCCUGCCGGGAGUGCAGCAAGGCCUUCUCUGACCCCGCUGCGUGCAAGGCCCAUGAGAAGACGCACAGCCCACUGAAGCCAUACGGCUGCGAGGAGUGCGGCAAGAGCUACCGGCUCAUCAGCCUGCUGAACCUGCACAAGAAGCGGCACUCAGGCGAGGCACGCUACCGCUGCGGGGACUGUGGCAAGCUCUUCACCACCUCGGGGAACCUCAAGCGCCACCAGCUGGUGCACAGUGGCGAGAAGCCCUACCAGUGCGACUACUGUGGCCGCUCCUUUUCUGACCCCACGUCCAAGAUGCGCCACCUAGAGACACAUGACACCGACAAGGAGCACAAGUGCCCACACUGCGACAAGAAGUUCAACCAGGUGGGAAACUUGAAGGCCCACCUGAAGAUCCACAUCGCAGAUGGGCCCCUCAAGUGCCGAGAGUGUGGGAAGCAGUUCACCACCUCAGGGAACCUCAAGCGGCACCUCCGGAUCCACAGUGGGGAGAAGCCGUACGUGUGCAUCCACUGCCAGCGGCAGUUCGCUGACCCUGGUGCACUGCAGCGGCACGUCCGGAUCCACACCGGCGAGAAGCCGUGCCAGUGUGUGAUGUGUGGCAAGGCCUUCACCCAGGCCAGCUCCCUCAUCGCCCACGUGCGCCAGCACACAGGGGAGAAGCCCUACGUCUGCGAGCGCUGCGGCAAAAGGUUCGUCCAGUCCAGCCAGUUGGCCAAUCACAUUCGCCACCAUGACAACAUCCGUCCCCACAAGUGCAGCGUGUGCAGCAAGGCCUUUGUGAACGUGGGGGACCUGUCCAAGCACAUCAUCAUCCACACCGGAGAGAAGCCUUACCUCUGUGACAAGUGUGGCCGUGGCUUCAACCGGGUGGACAACCUGCGCUCCCAUGUGAAGACUGUGCACCAGGGCAAGGCGGGCAUCAAAAUACUGGAGCCAGAGGAGGGUGGUGAGGUCAGUGUGGUCACUGUGGAUGACAUGGUCACGCUGGCCACCGAGGCACUGGCAGCAACAGCCGUUACUCAACUCACAGUGGUACCAGUGGGGGCUGCAGUGACAGCCGAUGAGACUGAAGUACUUAAAGCCGAGAUCAGCAAAGCUGUGAAGCAAGUGCAGGAAGAAGACCCCAACACCCACAUCCUCUAUGCCUGUGAUUCCUGUGGGGACAAAUUCUUGGAUGCCAACAGCCUGGCUCAGCAUGUUCGGAUCCACACGGCCCAGGCACUAGUCAUGUUCCAGACCGACGCGGACUUCUACCAGCAGUAUGGGCCAGGGAGCACAUGGCCGACUGGGCAGGUGCUGCAGGCUGGGGAGCUGGUCUUCCGCCCUCGGGACGGGGCGGAGGGUCAACCUGCACUGGCAGAGACCCCACCCACAGCUUCUGAAUGCCCACCAUCUGUGGACUGAGCAGGCAGCCCUUCUGACUGUUUAUUUAAGGAUGGAUGGCACCCUAAAACUGAGAAGGGUGAACCCUCCCCCUACCUUCCCUAGAGAGAAUAAAUUUGAUUAUUUUCUAAUGCUUCCUAUAGGUCCCUGUGGGGGUGGGUGGUUUGCUGGCAGCUAUGGCUGAUUCCACAGAAGGGUACACACCUCCCAGGGACCAACCUUCUGGGAAAGCCCUGCUGUCCCUCUUGCAGAAGAAAAGUGGAGCCCAAGGACCUGUCUUCCCUUAGCCAACUGGAUCCCAAGUUGGGGUGUAUGCAGCACCCUGGACCUGAGAUGGAGCUGCAUGCACCCCAGGAAGCAACAUUGUGACCCUACUACCCUCUGCCUGGGUGGUUGGGGAAAGGGCAGCAGGAGAACCACAACUUCACACUGAGACAGACCCAAGUGGCCCAGAGAGCCCAGCCCCAAGGCCACAGUGUUUUCCACUCUUUGGCCAGAUUCUUUGGGAACCCAGAGCCUGGGGAAGUAGCAGAGCCACACUUGCUUCAGAAGUAGACCAAGCCAGAGAUGUUUACUUGCCCUGCUGGAGUCUCCACCACCAGGCUGGCCCAGAGUGACUGACAGAAAGGAGCAUCCUGGAGCUUCAGUGGGGACAGGCACAGCAAGCAGGGCUGUCCAUCUUCACUCCUAACAGUGGGGAGCUAGAGACCUGUCCCUGCCUCGUUCCACAGCUUGUCCCCAGCAUAGGUGACCCUUCAUAGGUGACACCAUCUACAGGUAUCUAGAUCUUCCAUAGGAGCCCUGUCCAGCCUCCUACUAGUGCACAGGAGACAUGAACUUUGCUCCUCGUGUCCCUGUCCCCACCCUGGUUCCACAACUGCAGGGGAACUUAUCUCCCUUCAUCCUUCUGCCAGGAAGCAGGUACAGGAGUAACUGAAGUAUAGGAAGCACCUCCACCAUGCUUUACUCCCACCUUUGAGGUGCUGCCAGCACCCCACUGGGGGAAGGGAAGGGGCCAGAUGGCCAGAGCCAGCACAACAGGCUUAAGUUUGGGGCCGAGGAUAAUCCUGUAUGGAAACCUGAAGUGCCUUCAACACUGCCUAGCAACCAGUUAGUAUCUGUCUAUCUAUCUAUGCCAUAACAUUGAAAAAUGUUAAAGUUCAGUGCUUGUGACAAAAGUCUUUUUGUACAAGGUGUAAAAUGCUUUUGGGGGAGGAUUUCAUGGCAGAAAGGCUCUUGUUCAGACUUCAGGUGGGACGAGAGAAAGCAAAGUUGGAGAGAGGGCUACUGUUCCCGUAAGUCAAGGACCCUGCUGCUCCCACUUGAGCUAUGAUCACAUUCACACGAAGUGUUUUGUAUUUUUUAAUAAAGUUUGUAAUCCAAUGGACACACAAAACAAAACUGCGCUGAGAAAAACAGUUUCAUAAAUUAAUAAGUGUUAGGAGGUCUGGGAGCAGUCACAGGAAGAGGGAUUGGCCAGUCUUUUUGUACAGGUGCUGUGUGACACUUCCAUGUCACGGGCGGCAGGACCCGUGCUGUAACGAAGUGCACGUAUACAAAUGAAUGACGGUACAAAGUCUGAGUAUGAAAAUAAGAUUUUCUUUGAAAACACAUUUUUGGCACAGAUUAAAAAAAAUGUAUGUCAGGGAAAUUUGAUUUUUUAAGUCAGUAUUAUAUAUAUUUAUAUAUAUUAUAUAUUUAUAUAUACACACACUCCCAAGUUCUGCAUGUCCCACCAAGAAAGAAAAUCCUUCUGUUUGCUCUUGUUUGAUUGUAAACUGUACAUCCUGGUAAGUCAAAGGUGGUGGCAGCAGGAGAAUUGAGAAAGGUGACAUCCAAUGAGCAGGGAAGGGAGGA